AUGUUUGAGGAGAAGCUGAUCGUAGGCAUAGCUUCGGCUUGCUCUACUCUCGCCAUCGUUGCUUGCUUGGUGGUCGUCCCCUCACUCUACAACACCAUCAACGAGGUGCAUGAUGAAGUCCUCGAUGGUGUUUCCGUUUUUCGUGUUGAGACUGACUCAGCUUGGACCGAAAUGAUGGACAUCCAAAUCACUGUAACACCACCAACGAAACCUCGUCAAAAUCCCUUUAAUUCGAUCUUCCGUCAGAAGAGACAAGACUUCUCCAGUUUGCCUGCUUGGUGCCAGUGCGAGCCGGUUAAACCGGUGUGUCCACCCGGACCUCCCGGACCACCUGGAACGCCAGGACAACCUGGACAACCUGGUCCACCCGGACCUCCAGGUGAAGACAACACUCUCACCUACGCUCCUCUCACUUGCCCACCAUUUGACCGCUCAUGUGUCAAGUGUCCUGCAGGAGCCGCUGGACCACCUGGACCUGAUGGACCGUCUGGGAAUCCUGGACCUGAUGGCUUGCCUGGUUCUGCUGGGACUCCCGGUCUCGAUGGACAGCCUGGACCUCAAGGACCACCCGGAGACGCCGGAGCUCCAGGAUCUCCCGGUGUUGACGGAGAGCCUGGUGCCCCUGGUAAGGAUGGCACUCAUGGACGUGGACAGCCUGGAUUGCCCGGACCCGCUGGCGCGCCAGGUGCGCCAGGAAACGCUGGACCUAACGGACAGCCAGGACAGGAUGGUGCUCCUGGACCUCAGGGUCCUCCUGGACAACCUGGCGCCCCUGGACUGCCAGGUGGUGAUGGCCGCCCAGGAACCCCAGGAGGCCCUGGUCUGCCAGGACACGACGCCGCAUAUUGCCCGUGCCCACCUAGAUCGGCUGUGUUCGUGUCACGAUUCACACACUAA